AUGGAUAACUUGUUGGAUGAGUGGAUCACUCAAGUUCGAAAGAGAGAGUUGGAGAAACCUGCUAGUUCUAACGAGGUACGUUCCUCCUUCUCUUUCUUUUCUCCUAGCAAGGCGAAGUGGUUUGUUUAUCGCCACGAAGUUGCUGCAAGGAUUAAUGAUCUAAAUGAAAGAUUAGCUGUGAUCGAUAAGGAAAAACAAAGAUUUAACCUUCAAAACAUCACAAGGGUCCCCGAACCUGUAUGGCAAAAGACUACUUCUCUUCCGAAUGCCAAAACAUUUGGUCGAGACAAAGAAAGAGUCCUUGUAGUUAGCAAGCUGCUGAGUGAGAGUAGUCAAGAAAAAGUAGUUCCUCUUAUCAUUCCUAUUGUAGGAAUGGGGGGAAUGGGGAAAACCACUCUUGCUCAACUUGUUUAUAAUGAUGAAAAUGUCAAAUCUCAUUAUGACAAGAGAAUAUGGGUAUGUGUUUCAGACCCUUUUGAAGAGAACAAGAUUGCAAAAGCAAUCAUUGAAGGUCUAGACAGAGAUCAUACCUCAAAAAAUUCAAAUGAGUUGCAAACUCUUAUGCAAUGCAUAUAUGAAUUGCUUGAGGACAAGAAAAAGAUUCAUGAAUGGCAAGCUGUUUUAAAGAGUAAGAUAUGGGAGCUGAAAGAGAUUCAACAAGAUGUUUUUCAACCACUACUACUAAGUUAUCAUGAUCUGACUCCAGCUACCAAAUAUUGUCUUUUGUACUAUGUUAUGUUUCCAAAAGAUUACGUGUAUAAUAAGAAGCAAUUGAUUGACUUGUGGAUGUCGCAAGAUUAUUUAAGUGCUUGA